AUGGAUAUUGAUUUAUCUAAAUACAUCCCAAGUAUUACAAGAAUCCUUUCCAAUUCUGACUUAAAUGUUGUCAGCGCGUGGGAUGUUCGCUCUAAUUUAGAGCAAAAUUACAGUAUCGAUUUAAAUUCGAGAAAAAAAGAAGUGAGAAAAAUUGUGCAGUUAUGCUACAAUAAAAUAUGCGACAAGGAAGAGGAGAUGAUGGAAGUUGAAAGGUAUGAAAUAGAAGGUGAAAAGGAGUUGAAGAAUAAAAGAAAAAGAGAAGAUGAAGAUUAUGAAGUUGACGAAGUUGAAGGUGGUCAAGAUAAUACCCAUAAAUGUACGAAUGAAGUUGAAGAAGGAAAUGAGGAUGAUAUGGUUGAGGUGGAAGAGAUUGAAGAGGUUGUUGUUGCAUCCGGUGAAGCAAUUAUGUAUAAUGUAAACAAAGAAGAAAUUGAAGGUGAUGAAGGUGAAGACGGUUGGGAUAAUAUGAUGGGAAGUUGA